CUCUUGACUUUCAAAUUCUCAAGAAUCCUCAACACUUAACCAACAACAACCAUGGCGCCCUCCAACUUCCCCGGCCCAGUGACCCUCUACACCAUCGGCUACGCCGCGCUCAAAUACCCCUCUCUUCCCCCAGCACCCGUCAACGUCCCCUUGGGAGACCAAGUCGGCCUCCUCCAACACCAACUUCCCCACGCCCAAAACCACCAAAUCGCCCAACUCGCAUCCCAAUACCUAAACGCCCUCCUCACCUACCAAACCAGCUCCGACCCCGCGCUCCACGACCCCUCUACCCCUCAAUACUACUUCUCGACCGCCAUCUGCCUCCUCAAUUUCCUGAACACUAGCCCAGAUGUCUGUAAACGCAUCGCGAGCCAUCCAACCCUCCUGCAUGACGUUGUCGAGAAAUUACUCGCAAACGAUGUGGUGGAGAAAAUGAAAGCGGUGCCAAGACCAGGAGGUGCCAAUUUCCCCGCUGCAACAUUCGAUGAUGAUUUCGGGAGCCUCUUGCAAUUCCUCUCUACCGUCCUGCUUUACAUCGACGAUCCGUCGUCCGUGCAUGAGCGAUUCCAAGACCUGAUCCCGAAACUGAGGGCGUGGAAGAGGGAGUUUAGGGGUAGUAGGGUGAGGACGAUUAGUAAUGCGGCGGAUCGGCUGGUGGGGCAGAUUCAGGGGACGGAUGCGACUAUGUUGAAGUUGAUAAGGGGGAUGCAGGAUAGUAGCUUGGUGUGUGGGGUGCAGAGUUGUGGAGUGAGGGGCGCGGCUGGGUUGACGGUUUGUGGGACGUGUAAGAUACAGAGGUAUUGUGGGAGGGAGCAUCAGAAGGCGGAUUGGAAGUUUCAUAAGCAUAUUUGUGAUAAGGGGUUGGUGGAGCCUGAGGAUUGAACGACUGGUCUUGGCUCGUCGAGUGGUGUAGAUGUGAGUGCAAUAGAAAGCGAUGCUCUUUGGCUGUGGUUAUGGUUACUUCAUAGAUUGCUGUACAGAAAAGGAGUAAGGGGUCGAUUUGGUUGCAGGUGUUUUUUCGUGGCUUCUUUUCUCUUCUGCGGGCACAUGUUCAUAGCGUCUGACGCUUAUCUAUUCCAUUGCUGACCUCAUUUACGGAAUCUGCUUUUGUGAUGCAAUGCAUUGAUGAAUUGGUUUGUUUGGCUUUCUGCUCGGUACUGUUUUAGCUUGGUUGUCAAGGUCUGGUGCAUGCCACCAUCUUUUCUGUUUCGAAUGCCACGAGUUGCACUUCGAAGGCGGCUUCUCUAUUCUAUAUGUGGC